GACUAGACCAAGAGUCAUGAACGCUGCGAUGCAGCCCAACUACCGUGGCUAUCCCCAGGCCACCCAGCAUCGUCCACCUGCCACUCCGCGUAGAGCUGUUCCCAUCCCUGGCGCCAUGAUGCCGGUCCCCAUCCAACAACACGCAGCUCCAGUUCCAAACCCUCAACUCACCCAGCGCAAUGUCCCCAAUCCUAUUGAUGCUGCAUUGCGACGGAGUCGGAAACCAACAGACAAGAAUCUUCCGGAUGGCGUGGAGGAGUCAAUCAUAGGUGAUGGUGUCGCGCAAUAUAAAAGUUUGCGGGAGGUCGAAAAACGCCUAGAUGCAGCUAUGGUGAGGAAAAGAUUGGAUAUUCAAGAUUCCGUCAAUAGAUCUGUGAAAAGAUUCCGAACGUUGCGUAUAUGGAUCUCGAAUACCGUGGAAAACCAGCCAUGGCAGAGAGAAUUGGGCCAGAAUGGCAAUUGUGGAUCUGGGAGCGGGCGUUACAAGGUGAAGAUCGAAGGGAAGUUGCUUGAUGACCAAUCCGAUACCUUUGAUUCAGAAAGUGAUAGCGACGACGAACAAACCAAGACGAAUGGCCAGAAUGAUCCGGAUGCGAUGGAGGAGGACUCAGCGCAAAAACAGAAAAACCAGACCAAAAAACACACCCUACCCCAACGAAAGCGCCUCUCCCAUUUUUUCAAGUCAAUCACGGUUGAACUUGAUACAAACGUGUCCUCUGGCGUCGCAGAUCUAGCGACUAUCAAUUGGACCAAACCUCUCAUACCUGCCGGUGCUGUGUCAUUACCACCCAGCGCCGACUUUGACUCUCUUGAGUUUUCCCGUGCUGCGGAAGUCAACCUCAAUGCCACAAUCAGCCUCGUAAGAGACGAAAACCCAGAGCGCUUCAGGCUGAGCAAGCAGCUAGCAUCCAUCCUGGAUACGGACGAGGAAGCACGCGGCGGCAUUGUCGUGGGCAUAUGGGAGUAUAUAAAAGCAAUGGAUCUUCAAGAAAAUGAAGAUAAAAGGGCAGUGCGAUGCGAUGACCGUUUGAAGGCUCUCUUCAACCGAGACAAAAUGUUCUUCCCCGCCAUCCCCGACAGUGCCAGCGCACACACCUCCCCAUUAGACCCCAUCAAACUUCCCUACACAAUUCGCGUCGAUCCGGAAUUCCACCAAAACCCAACGCCCACAGUCUACGAUAUCCGAGUGGCUGUGGACGAUCCGCUGCGCGCCAAAAUGCUCUCAAUCACAACAGCCACGGAUUAUCCCAACAUGCUCCGUCAAGUCUCCGCGCUCGAUGACCAACUCGCCGUCGUUGUCCAGGCACUCACCCAUUCCAAGGCUAGACAUGCGUUCUUCCAAUCGCUGAGUCAGGAUCCGGCCAACUUCAUCAGGCGCUGGACGAGUAGUCAGAAGCGCGAUUUGGAAGUUAUCAUGGGUGAAGCGACACGCGGCGGGGGGGAAGAUGGGAGUGGACCGGAGUUUAGACGGGGUGGAGCGAAUAGUGCUUGGGAUACGCCUGUUGCUGCGGAAGCGGUGAGGUAUAUGCUUGCGAAACCCGGGCGGUAGGACCAGGGAGGGACACGGAAGGAAGGAGGGUUUUAUAGAAAAAGUGACAAAACGGAAUUCUCUGCCACAGACGGACGACCUUUUAUUGUGUUGGGCCAGGCAUGUCCUCAGUUCAAGUACCUGGAACAAAAUACACUGCGGCGAGACAGCCACGGCUCUAGAAACAAAUAAGGUCGAGGUUUAGAGGGAGAGUUCAUAUAUGGAGUCUGUAUUGAUUUCUUUUAUGAUCAACUUGUUUUUUCGUUCUUUUUUUUUUCUCCCACCAGCUAUUGAUUGAUUCCCUUAUUCUUACUCUUUUUCAUUCCUGUAUCACAUCUGAGUAUUUGAUUUUUUGGCUAGGCGAAAUUCCAUCUUGGACGGGGUAGAAGGGUGUUUUUUCCUGAUAAAGAUACAUUAUUUAGUU